AAUGGGGUGUUACGUUAGUAAUCACGUGACGUGUACUUUGGCGCUUUCUUUGUAUUGCGAGUUCUAGUCGCCUCCUUGAUGUAACACAUUUCAUUCUGGCUGGGCACAGAGGACCAGAAGGGCUGAUCGACAAACACCGUCUGUCAUUAUUCAGGCUGGGCACAGAGGACCAGAAGCGCAGACUGACAAACAACGUCUGUCAUUAUUCUGGAGAAAGUAGUCUACCCGAGGACGACUUUAACUUAUGGGACCUGCAAGCACACAGAAGACAUAGAUCAGAUAUUUAUACCACUUGCUAUACAGAAUGGACCUUUCCCACGUUGCUGUCCUUCAGAAGAACCACACAUUUCUGAAGGAGAACCUUCAGGUCGACCCUGUGCUGGAUGCCUUGUAUGAGAAAUGUAUCUUCACACAGACAGACUAUGAUAGAUGUAGACAAGCUGGGACAGAGAAAUGUGAGAUGGUGUUGGAGACGCUUAAAAAGAAGGGAGUAGAAGGUUACAAGACGCUCUGUGCUGUCCUCGACACUACUCAGCCUUUCAUCAAGGAAAGACUUGAUAAGACCUCUAAUGAAGAAGGUAACCCAGAUCUCGUCUAUGUUAACAAGGACAAACUGGAAGCUCAGUACAAAAAGGAGAUAGCUGACAUGAAAUCUGCAAUAGAAGGACUUGAGAAACACAUUGAACAAAACAACAUUGAUCAUGCUGAACUGGAGGAAAGAAUGAAGAAAGAAAUUGAUGAACACAUGUCAGAGACAGAAGGGAAGAACGAGGAAAUUGAAACUCUGAAGACAGCGUUGUCAAAGUCAAAUGAUGAGUUGCAGCAGUCUCAAGCAAAAUGUGAGAACGUGGAGAAGACACUGCGGGAAGAACAGGAGGCAUACGAUGCUGUAGUGGGUGUUCCAAGGUCACAGUCUCCAGACAGGGUGGAUAAUACAGAGCAAGUCCAACAUGGAGGUUCCACUGAGACAGUGUGCCAGUUAUCAACUGAGUCCUGUUGUGAUGAGAGUCAGCUUCGUCUUCUUCCAUGCCUUCAUUCUGCCUGCAAGCCAUGCCUUGAUCACCAAGCUACACAGGCGGAAGAGACCUGCAUACACUGUCCUUCCUGUGGCCGUGACUUCACCAUGGAACAGACAUCAAUAGAUCAUGUCAGACGCAAUGAAGCUGCCUAUAAAGUCCACGCUGAUGGUGAGAUGAAAUGCAACUACAUCGAAGGGGAUCAUGAUGCAAAGCCUGUGGUGUACUGUCACGAAUGUGAUGACAAGCUCUGCUCCGACUGUCAUAAACUCCAUGACAAACCGAAAAGGAAUCGAAAUCACAGAGUAACUGAGAUCAACCAGUCAGAGAAUAUCCCUAUGACGCAGUGGCUGAAGGAGCCUAAUUGCAGAGACCACCCUGACAACAAACUGCAGCUGUAUGACCACACCUGUAAGAAGGCAGUCUGUCGUGUAUGUGAACUUGGGGCCCACAACAAGCACAAGAAUGAAGACUUGAAUCAGGCCUAUGACGUAGCGAAGGGUCAGCUGGAGGAGCAGGUGAAGAAGCAGCAACAUAAACUGAAAGAUGUCACUAGCAGGAUGAAAACUGUCACAAGUCACCAAACUGAACUGGGAACUACUCAGAGAAGACUGGAACAAGCUGCUACUAAAGUUUGUAAAAGUGUUGCUGUAAAGGUUCCUUCAUCGACAGAGACAACUCAUGGAGGAAAUUCAAAUGAGUCUCCAAGUCCCAAACAGAAAUGGUUCAAGAGAAACUUGACACUUUACAUGACGUCCAUACUUCAAUGGUAUCGGCGAUAGACUACACCCAGAGAACACUUGAAUCUACAAGACGAGAGGAGCUCAUUACUCUCACAGAUGUACUGCAGACGAAAAGUGAUGAAAAUCUGAAGAGGGAGCUUCCAGAAGAUGACACACAAGACACGAAUAUCCUUCUUACCUUCAAGGUCAGAAAGCUCUCACGGAACUCAUCGAUACAUUUGGUGGACUUGCCUCCAGUCUCAACGUGGAUGACAUACCAGAUACACAACCUACUUUAC